GCAUGUUCCAAUAACGGGCUGUAUUAUCUGCUGCUAUUUGCAGUUUGUCGUAGCCAGGCACUAGACUGAGCUCGAGUAAAAAAGCUGCACAGGCUGCUCUUUACUUUUCCUCUGUGAUGGAAACAAUCUCAAAUGGACUGAAAUCUGGAUGGCAAAAGGUAAGCAGAAAGAGGAGUCUAACUGUUGUCUGUGGCUUUGCUCUCUCCAUGCAAAACACAAGAGAUUCAUGUGAGAGGGCAGAGGAUGGAGGCAGGUUUAAAGAAUAGCACAUGGACAAUGAAAAUAUUAUGUGUGAGGUUGUUUGGAGUCAUUCUGUUGCUUGCAACUGAUCUGAGCUGGCUGAGCUUGAAAGAGCAGGCUGUGGCCAGUGCCCAGAAUAAUGAGAGAAGGGUGCUGGCGCAUAUCCCAGGGGACAUUAUCAUUGGAGCUCUGUUCUCUGUCCACCACCAACCACCUGCAGACAAGGUGCAUGAGCGAAAGUGCGGUGCAGUGCGUGAGCAGUAUGGGAUCCAGAGAGUGGAGGCCAUGAUGCACACUCUGGACAGGAUUAAUGCAGACCCCAAUAUCCUUCCCAAUAUUUCUUUGGGCUGUGAGAUAAGGGACUCGUGCUGGCACUCAGCAGUGGCUCUGGAGCAGAGCAUUGAGUUUAUCCGGGACACAUUAGUGUCCAGCGAUGAGGAGGAGAGCCAGGCCAGAUGCACAGCAGAAGCAGGGAGCGUACUCCUGCAGGGAAAGAAGCCCAUCGUGGGACUCAUCGGACCAGGCUCCAGCUCCGUGGCUAUCCAGGUGCAGAAUCUCCUGCAGCUCUUCAAUAUCCCACAGAUUGCAUACUCAGCCACCAGCAUGGAUCUCAGUGACAAGAGUCUAUAUAAAUACUUUAUGAGAGUGGUGCCAUCAGAUAUGCAACAAGCCAGAGCCAUGGUGGACAUUGUCAAGAGGUAUAACUGGAGCUAUGUGUCUGCAAUACACACAGAGGGUAACUAUGGUGAGAGCGGUAUGGAGGCAUUCAAAGACAUGGCAGCAAAAGAGGGGAUCUGCAUUGCCCACUCUGAUAAAAUAUACAGUAAUGCAGGGGAACAGAACUUUGACAAAUUACUGCAAAAACUCAUGGCCCAUCUACCCAAAGCCAGAGUGGUGGCCUGCUUCUGCGAGGGCAUGACAGUCCGAGGCAUUCUGAUGGCCAUGAGACGAAAGCGCCUGGUGGGGGAGCUGCUGCUGGUGGGAAGUGAUGGCUGGGCAGACAGGUAUGAUGUCACUGAUGCCUAUCAAAUGGAGGCUGCCGGUGGGAUCACCAUCAAGCUAAAGUCAGCACAUGUGAACUGGUUUGAUGAUUAUUACCUGAACUUGAAGCCUGAUUCCAACCUGAGGAACCCCUGGUUUCCUGAAUUCUGGCAGCACCGUUUCCAGUGUCGACUGAGAGGGCAUCCACAGGAGAGCCCAAAGUACAACCGCACUUGCAGCUGGAGAGAAUCUCUACGACAGCAGUAUGCCCAAGAUACAAAAAUGGGUUUUGUCAUAAAUGCCAUUUACUCAAUGGCUUAUGGUCUGCAUGCCAUGCAACAAACUCUCUGUCCAGGAUAUAAAGGUUUGUGUGAAAACAUGCGGCCCGUAGAUGGCCGCAAGCUGCUGGAUUACCUAAUGAGAACCAACUUUACUGGUGUAUCUGGAGAGGUCAUCCACUUUGACCAGAAUGGAGACUCCCCUGGCAGGUAUGAAAUCAUGAACUUCAAGCAGAUCGGAGUGGGUCAGUACGCUUACAUCCAUGUGGGAAGUUGGGAUCAGGGUGGUCUGAAGAUGAAUGAUGAGGAAAUAUGGAGCAACAGCAGUGAAAUCAUCCAAUCAGUCUGCUCUGAGCCCUGCCAAAAGGCUCAGAUCAAGGUGAUCCGUAAAGGAGAAGUCAGCUGCUGUUGGACUUGUACUCCCUGCAAGGAGAACGAAUUCGUCUUUGAUGAGUACACUUGUCGAGCCUGUAUCCUGGGCUCCUGGCCUACAGACGACCUUACUGGUUGUGAACCAAUUCCGGUCCAGUAUGUGCGAUGGGGGGAUCCAGAGCCAAUCGCAGCUGUAGUCUUUGCCUGUCUGGGACUCAUGGCUACACUUUUUGUUACUUCUGUCUUCAUCAAGUUUUGGGACACUCCUGUGGUGAAGUCAUCUAGUCGGGAGCUUUGCUACAUCAUUCUUGUUGGAAUAUGUCUGGGUUACCUGUGCACCUUUAGCCUAAUUGCCAAGCCACACAUUGUCUACUGCUACCUACAGCGGUUGGGGAUUGGCCUGUCCCCUGCCAUGAGCUACUCAGCCUUAGUUACCAAGACCAACCGCAUAGCACGCAUCCUGGCAGGGAGCAAGAAGAAGAUCUGCACAAAGAAACCGCGUUUUAUGUCCGCCUGCGCACAAUUGGUCAUCGCCUUCCUACUCAUACUGCUGCAGCUGGGGAUUAUUGUGGCACUUCUUAUCAUAGAGCCACCAGAGGUGAUCUAUGAUUACCCCAGUAUCCGUGAGGUACAUUUGAUCUGCAAUUUGACCACUUUGGGAGUGGUGGCCCCACUGGGCUACAAUGGCCUGCUUAUACUCAGCUGCACCUUUUAUGCCUUCAAGACUCGCAACGUGCCAGCUAAUUUCAAUGAGGCCAAGUACAUUGCCUUUACCAUGUACACCACCUGUAUUAUCUGGCUGGCCUUUGUGCCCAUUUACUUCGGCUCUAAUUACAAGAUCAUAACUAUGUGCUUUAGCGUGAGCCUCAGUGCCACAGUGGCUCUCUGCUGCAUGUUUGUCCCUAAAGUGUACAUCAUGCUUGCCAAGCCUGAGAAGAAUGUACGCAGCGCGUUCACCACUUCCACCGUUGUGCGCAUGCAUGUGGGCGAUGCCAAGAAAGCUGCCAAGACUGGCAAGUCAUCCAGCAGCAUGGCCAACCUGUUUCGACGUGGUGGAUCAACACAGGACAACAUAAGCUCCAAUGGAAAAUCUUGGGGGCAGACUGAACGGAGCUCCAGACCAAACUUGUGGAAGAGGAUGUCGUUCCACGUUAAGAAAAAAGACCCGGUCGAGGUGAAUCAGACUGCCAUCAUCAAGCCAUUUUCUAAAGAAGACAUAACUGGGGAAAACAGUGUCACAGAGCAGUACGAAGGCCCACAGCUGUCUCAAUCUUUUACCUGCUCGCCCUCUCAGUCACCUCUGCCCACCAUCAGUCCACAUGCAGCUAAAGCAAGAAGUCACCAUUCAGACGGGAGAGGUGAGGAGGUGCAGGUUUUACCACCGUAUGCACCCGAGUUCUCUUCUGGGGUCAGGCGGAGAGGUGGGGACAACGGCCAGAUUGCUGCGAUUGUAGACGGUGGGGACAUCAGCAUCAUUAGCGUGGGUGAAAUUGGCCAAACUCAGGGUACCACCAUCAUGGACCAGAUCAGCUGCGUUGUCAAUCGUUUCACCGCCAACAUCAAUGAGCUGAACACCAUGAUGCUGCCAGGAGGACCCGUCCUCCCCCCUUCCACCACAGCUCCGCCCGUUGCCUCCGAUAACUCCCCAUGUCCAUCCCAGUAUUUCAAUAGACAGACACCUUCUACCGUCACCACAUAUGCCGAAGUGACUGCCGUCUCCAACUGCUGCGACAAUCGACCUAAGAUUUACGAGCAACUGGCUGGAACUUGCACGGGCGGGAGACGGGCAAAGAAUCCAGAAGAGCUGAUGGCUCUGACGCCGCCGUCCCCAUUCAGGGAUUUCUCCCUGAGCUCUGACGAGAGCUCGCCUCCCUCGCUGUCCCCAGCUUCUGAGGCCGAAUGUGACCAGCUGCUGCUGAGACACUACCAGAGCUCCUCCUCUCUCUAGACCUCCUCUCUCCUCUCUGUGUUUAUCUUCUAUCCGGAGUAUUUUUAACAACGUAAAGGCAGCCAUUUUUGCCAGGACCAAACUUUCAAUGCCUUUCUAUGUGUGGAUAUUGUAGAUAAUCAGUUGGUUUUUGUAAAGUUUUCAGAUGGGACUGAAUAUGCUUCAAAUGUCAGUUGGGGCUAGGAUAGAGAAAAUUAGACUUAUAUAGGAAAAAAGAUUUUUUUAAGCAGUUCCAGUCAAACAUUUAUAAUCACUAGUAAUCUAUACAAAUCACUUAUUUGGGAAUUUGAAUCAUUAAUUUGAACUAUUUCUUUACAGUAGCUGGCACAUUGUUUUAACAAGAUAACAUGCAAUUUUGUAAAACGACAAAUGGGUGGCCAAGUUUCAAUUUGUCAUUAUUAUUAUUAUUUUUUUUUUCAUUUACACUGGAUCAAAGUUAUAUGCAGGAUAUUUACAUUAAAUUAUGCUUACAUCCCCCAAAUAAUAGCAAUAAUGCAUCGAGUUGCUACUGUGGACUGUGACACUAAUGUUCCAGCAUCUUGCAAUUUACAAUCUUCUUAAAUCUUGAUGGUUCUUCUGUUGUUCCAAGAGAUUCUGACCAGUUUUCUUUCAUUUGAAAAUGGCUGUUUAGGUUACAUGGCUUUAACUUUGGCAAAAUUUGUGUUCUCACAGGAAAAUCAUCAUAAGCAGAUGUCACAACUGGUUUUGUAACAGAUGAAGAAGAGUAAUAGUAAGCUUCUCAAGUAGCUUCAAUGACAUUUUUGAUCAUUUAUAAACCAUGAUUCAGAGCCAGAUCUACAAGAGGAAGCCAACCAAUUGAACAAACUAUAUUAAUUUUAAUAAAGUAAAUGGUCAAAUUUGUUAUGUGGAUAUCCAUCUCUUUACUGCUGGCUAUAAAAUGUUUUUCUUCUUUGCAAGUUGUUGAGGAACAUUUUGCCAAAUUCAAAUAGGCAUGUAUGCACUGUGAAGAUGCAUAUAUAAUUUUUACAGAGCAGACUACACUACACAACUCUACAGAAGUUUACAUUUUUGCACCCAAAGAUUGUUUUUUAAAGAAUAGUUACUGCUAUAUGUUGCAUAACUAUUCCAUCCUGGGAAAAGAAGGAUGGAAAUACAUGAAUAAAAGCCAAAAAUGUAUGUGACAUUUAUGACAAUGAUGAAUAUAUCUAAAUUUUUGACAGGAACCACACCAUCACAAAACCUUAAAUAUUAAAUAACACAAAAUGUACUAAAUAAACAAACAAAAAACCUGAACUGAACUUAGUGAUAAUUUUAAUGUGCUGAAACCCAUGAGCAUUUAAAUACUUUCUACAGCUUUUUGCUAAACAUGUUUCCAACGCCAAAGAAAACAUGGAUGUUAAGCUGAAGACUAUUUUAUUUAUAAGCUUUUAAACCACAUCUUUCUUUAUUCAAGUAUUCUUUUUAAGUGUUUCAUGAAAUUCAUUUAAAAUUACACAUGGACCUCAAUCUAAAUCAGUGUGCAUAUUAAAUUGUUGUAUUUCAGUUGUAUAUUUGUAGCUAUUUAUGAACACUGAAAGGAUGAUUUUUUUUUUUUUAGCUUGUUGAUGAAUUUCUGUAUAAUGAUGUUUUGAUUUUAUUACUGUCAAACCUCAGAAAAAAAUAAGUUUAAGAUUAGAAAUGGCAUUUUUUUUACUCACUCACUAACUCAUUGGCAACCCUUAUAGACAAAAAAAAUAUUGUGAAUCCUUUUUUUUUUUAAAGGUUUUGUUGGCUAUAGUGGCCUUUAUUUGAAGGUAGUUCGACAGGAAAGAGGGUGAUGAGAGAGGGGAAGACAUGCUGCAAAUGUCACCAGACUGGGAGUCUAACCUGCAACCACUGCCAUGAGGAAUAAGGCCUCAAUAUGUGGAUUGUGUUUUGCCCUUACACCACCACAGCACCUCAAACCUUGCAAAUCCUAAAGAAAAAAACAUACAAAAACUGCAAAUAUUGCAUUUUGUUGUGCAUUCUCCUCCUCCAUUCUGCAAAUCCUCCUCUUCUGAGUGGAAAGAAGUUAUUUGCUUCUCCAGGGAAUACAAGCUACUGUCUCAGUGAACACAAUCAUCAGGAAUGUAACCCAUAAAGAGCUUAAAGACACCUUGGAUGUUUCUUCUGUCGUUCUAUCUCAAUAUGACUUAGCUGAAUGUAUGAUGAGGUAGGAUUUGUAAGUGGACCAAAACUAUUUUUUCAUCUCAGGAUGCAUCUGAAAUAAAUUGUUUCUGACUGCAUCUCUUUCCUGCUGGAUUAGUGAAGUUGUUUUCGCAAAAUGUUUCCACUUUGCAUGAUCACUCUCUUUAAAUGCGUUAACUUUAAAUAUCUUGGAAUUAGACUUUUAUAGUUAUUAGAUACAGUAGCAAAGCCAUUAUACUCUGUUUUGUUAUGUUUUUUUUCCUGAAUAUUUGAAGUUCUAGAUGAAUGUCUGUAUUCACAGACUCAGCAUUUUAGCCUGUGAGACAAAACUGAUAUUUAUGUUGCAGCUAUCCUUUAUGUGUUUAUCUAUUUCUUUAUUUAAAGUUUGGCUUCAGUCCCUUGUCUCUCUGUUAAUAUUUAAACAGGCGAUGAUGUGUUUAUAUUCAGUAUUUUGUUUUUUUACUGAGUCAUAACCUAAGUUUACUCCUGGAAAGUUACCAUAUUUGCAUGUACCUUUGUACAUUUUGUAGACUAAAAUGUGAGUUUGUGUUUGUAAGUUAUUGAAGAUAGCCUGUACUUUUCUUUUAUAAAUUUCUGACAGACUUUUACUGCAUUAAAGGAAUCCAUCUAAAUUUA